UCGGGGUCCCAGAGUUCCUGAGUCGUGUGCGUAGGCGACGGUAGUGACGCGUAUUGCCCGGAGGAUGGCGGACGCCGGCUUGCGCCGCGUGGUUCCCAGCGAUCUGUAUCCUCUCGUGCUCGGCUUUCUGCGUGAUAACCAGCUCUCAGAGGUGGCCAAUAAGUUCGCCAAGGCAACAGGCGCUACCCAGCAGGAUGCCAAUGCCUGUUCCCUCUUGGACAUCUAUAGCUUCUGGCUCAACAGGUCCACCAAGGCUCCAAAACGGAAGUUACAAGCAAAUGGGCCGGUGACUAAGAAGGCUAAGAAGGCUUCAUCCAGUGACAGCAGUGAAGACAGCAGCGAGGAGGAAAAAGCCCAAGGGCCUCCAGCUAAGAAGGCUGCUGUACCUGUCAAGCGUGCCAGUCUGCUUCAGCAUCCUGGAAAGGAUGCAGCCAAAGCAUCGGAGAGUAGCAGCAGUGAAGAAUCCAGUGAUGAUGAGGAGGAAGAGGACAAAAAGAAAAGGCCUGUCCAGAAGGGAGUUAAGCCCCAACCCAAGGUGGUCAAAGCUCCCCCUAAGAAGGCUGAGAGCUCUGAUUCCGAUUCUGACUCAAGCUCAGAGGAUGAGGCACCUAAGAACCAGACGCCAAAGACAACACCUGUGGCAGCUAAAGCUCAGGCGAAAGCCCCAGUGAAACCAGGCACACCCGCUCGAGCAACACCUAAAGUAGCUAAUGGCAAAGCAGCUAGUAGCAGCAGCAGCAGUGAAGAUUCAGAGGAGGAAAAGGCUGUGGCUAUCUCUAAGAAGACUGUACCUAAAAAGCAAGUAGUGGCCAAGGCCUCAGUGAAAGCAGCUGCCACCCCUACCCAAAAGAGUUCUAGCAGUGAGGACUCCUCCAGUGAGGAAGAGGAGGAGGAGGAACAGAAAAAGCCUGUGAAGAAAAAACCAGGUCCCUAUAGUUCAGUGCCCCCGCCUUCUGCUCCCCCACCCAAGAAGUCCCUGGGAACCCAAGCUCCCAAGAAAGCUGCAGAGAAGAAACAGCCCGAGGAGAGCAGUGACGACAGCAGUGAUGAGUCUGAUUCAAGCUCUGAAGAAGAAAAGAAACCGCCAGCUAAGGCAGUCACCUCUAAAGCAGCCACUAAACCAGCUCCGGUGAAGAAGGCAGAGAGCUCUUCGGACAGCUCAGACUCCGACAGUUCUGAGGAUGAGGCUCCUGCCAAGCCAGCCAGUACCACCAAGAGUCCCUCAAGUAAGGCCGCUGCCACUCCCAAGCAGCCUGCAGCUAAAUCAGCCUCAACUCCCAAGCAGCCUGCAGCCAGUGGCCAGAAGCCUCUGACCAGAAAGGCAGAUAGCAGCUCCAGCGAGGAGGAGAGCAGUUCUAGUGAGGAAGAGGAGGAAGAGGAGAAGGUAAAGAAGACUGUGGCCACCACUAAGUCCAAGGUGAUGGCCAAAGCAGCUCUCCCUUUGCCUGUCAAACAGGCCUCUCAGGGUGGUGGGGAGAGCAGCUCUGAUUCAGACAGCUCCAGCAGUGAGGAGGAGGAGGAGGAAGAGAAGACGUCUAAACCCAAACCCCUAGUUAAAAAGCCACAGAAGAGAGUGGGAGCUGUAGCCCCUUCCAAGCCAGCCUCCACAAAGACAGUAAAGGCCGAGGACAGCAGUACUUCUUCGGAUGACUCCAGUGAGGAGGAGGAAGAAGAGAAGCCCAAGGGCAAGGGUAUUCCUAGACCACAAGCCCCCAAAACCAACCCUGCACAGACUGUCCAGAAUGGAAAAGCAUAUAGGAACAGCAGCAAGGAGGAGGAAGAUAAGACAAAGGCUGCAGAAGCGGUUUCUAAACCAGGUUCAGGAAAGAAGCGGAAGAAGAAUGAGGCUGUUGUGGAGACAGAGACCCCUCCAUCCAAGAAGAUGAAGCCUCAGACCCCCAACACAUUUCCAAAGAGGAAGAAAGCAGAAAAAAGGGCGUCCUCCCCCUUCCGAAGGGUCAGGGAGGAGGACAUUGAGGUGGAUGCUCGGGUGGCAGACAACUCCUUUGAUGCCAAGCGAGGUGCAGCUGGAGACUGGGGGGAACGAGCCAAUCAGGUCCUGAAGUUCACCAAAGGCAAAUCCUUCCGGCAUGAGAAGACCAAGAAGAAGCGGGGCAGCUACAGAGGAGGCUCCAUCUCUGUCCAGGUUAAUUCAAUUAAAUUUGACAGCGAGUGACUGAGGGCCAUCCUAGUAGUGAAGCAGGGUGAUGAUCCAAGGCUACUGACUUUUCCCCAAUGGACCUGGGAGCUCCCAGCUCUGUUAGGGGGGUAUUGAUGAGGACGGGGUCUAGAGUCGGUCCUAGGACUGCAUCGGAACAUCCUCCCUGGUCUUUUUCUAUGUUCGUAGUUUUGUACAGAUUUGGUUUUGAGUGUUGAGUAGCAAGGACAAGGUGUGUUCUUUUUAAAGAAAAAUUUAGUUGUCAUCCCCUUCUCACUGUUCUGUGGAAGUCUUCAUACUGAGAAAUUUGUAUAUUUUAUAUUAAUUAAAUCACUUCCUAUUGAUUUUUUGUUGUGAUUUUCAGAGGUGUGUUCCCACAGAUAAAAGCUAUUGCCCGAGACAUGAUAAAAGUCAUGUGUAUGAACUUCUGUGAUCAGAGAAGUCUGCCUGUAUGAGUGCAAGUGUCUGCAUUUCGUCCCUCCUCCCCAUCAGCCCUGGUGAGGGGCGGUUAAGAAUGGUUAAUGUAUAUGUGUAUAAGCAUGUGUGGUGUAGUUCAUCCUCAUUCCUGGGGUCCAGCCAGCAUGAACUUAGCUACUUUGGGGGAUAAAAUUCGCUGUAUUGUUACAGGCAAAAUAAUGGUGUAAUGUGAGUGUCAUAGAGUCAGUCUGAAUAUUUUGUUUUCUGUUAUUUUAUUACUAUAUAGUGAUAUUUGCAACAUCUGUUUUUUAAUUCGAAAGCAUAAACUUUUUAUUCAAAGGGUUGUUUUGAUGAAUUGACCCUUAACAGUGGUAAUCAGGACUGCAUCAUCUGAUUUCUUUUUUAACAUUUCAGAGGGAAAAAAUAACAAUUUAACCACUUGGUAUGUCUGUCUUGGUAGCAGUGGUGACAAAAAUUAGUUUCAUUAACUCCUACAUGGUGGGGAAUCACUGAUGAAAAAGCAAAAGAAGAAAAACUAAUAAUCUCAAUCCUCAGUAGGAAUUAGGUUACAUUAGUCGGGCGAAUUUACAGGGCACCUGUAUGUGUGUGCUAGCACUUGAGUAGAGGAGGUUUGGGGGAGCAUCCGAACAGGAUUAUUGUGUCUCGUAGUUGGUCCAUGGGAGCCAUUGACGUGUGCCCUUCAGAGCUGCCACCACCAGUCACAGUGGAGGUGAUGAGAAAGACCACUGGGCGGAGAUGUGACUCCCAGGCUAAGCUGGCCGACCGGAAAGCUGCAGGGCGUGUUGGCAGUGCUCAAUCAGAGCCAGAUGGGAAGGCAGAGUCCACAGACUGAAGGCUGGGCUGUCCCUGCGGUGGGAAGGCGUGCUCAGUUUCAUGGACAAGGUGUAGGUCUUAAAAUUAACCUUCCCUAGUUUGGAUUUCACACUUGUGAAAUAAUCUGAUAAUAACCUUGUUUUCUAUGUAACUGCCUCUAGGAAGGAAGUGUACUGUUCAUGCUGACGUGGGUAUCUCAGUCUGCAUGGUAAAAAUUAUACAUCUUACUAUAAAAUAAUAAACUGGUUGGUUUGUAA